UUUGUUCAGAACUCUCUACUGUUACGAAUCAAUUUUAAAGUAAAACUCUACUUUGCUUUAGUUUUUUUUUUGGAACUCCACAGCCUACCAUGAAAGGAUAUAAUAUUCCUUUUUCAUUGAUAUUACUUUGGACUAUUUUCUUAUGGAAUGCUGCUGCGAUUAGAACCAAAGACAAGAUCUAUGUUAACAUCAAAGGACAGAAAGCCUGUUUUCGCCGCCUCAAUUCAACUCAUCAAAUUGGGUGCUCCUCUGAAAUGAAAGGCAAUGUAGGUGUUGUUCACUAUGUGAAAGAGAAAUCUGAUAGCCAGUGGAUACUCAAAGAUGGACCACAUGCUCCAUAUGUGAUGCUCAUUGAAGCUGCUAAUUUCAAUCUGCAGAACAUUACUGAGUUGAUCGACUCUGGAAGAGUUAAUGGGAUACUGGUCAUAGAUGCCAAUGGUGCAUCACAGCUACCACCUGAGGGAUUUUCUGCAGAUAAAUCUUGUCCAAAUGAUGGCUAUGGAUUAUACUGGAACAACACCAUGUACAAAAAUUGCAGAAGUGUCCAGUGGAAUCCUCCAGGAAGUGGUAUGAUGUUUCAGGACUUUAGCAUUCCUAUUUUUUUAUUGGAUAGUCCCAAAGAAGUUGAGUACAUUAUUGAAAAGUGUUAUGAAAGAUAUAACAACCCUGAGAAUAACACAGGAUUGCAAUACCCACUGUGUGCAGCUGAGCUGAAAGACUACAUGAAUGCUGCUAAAGAUUCGAUGACAUGUAUGCGACGUUCCAGCCACAUGACAUCUUUGACCACCAGCAUGAUGCAUUACUGUGAUCCACUCAGUAACAACAAUGUUAUUGGUUUUGUUAACCCAAAAUCAGUUGAUGACCAACUUGCUGAGAAGUCUGUUAUUAUUGCCGGAUCCAGGAUGGAUUACAUGAAUAUGUUUGAGAAUGUAAAUAAUAGUGCUGACAAUCCAAUCACCAGCAUUGUGGCUCUUUUGUCUGCUGCUGAAGCCAUUGGAAGAUUUAAAGAAGACUUUAUCAAUUCACAAGAGAACAAGACCAUCCUGUUUGCAUUUUUCCAAGGGGAAGCUUUUGACUAUAUUGGAUCAAGCCGCAUGGUCUAUGAUAUGGAAGUAGGCAGUUUCCCAACGUCAUUUCGCAAAACUGGUGGCUUAAGUUAUUCUCGGGCUUUGCAAAAGAUUGGUUUGAAUCAUCUGUCUCACUUUUUGGAAGUGAACCAGCUAGGCUACAGAGAAAAUGAGGCAGAGAAUGUCUGGCUACACACAGACCCAAUGAGCUACAAUUCAAAUAUUUCCACUGAGAUUGACGGUCUGGUGAAAAAGAUAAAAAAAAUUGGAGAACAGCUGAAUGUUACCGUAAUGGAACCAAAUACUUCUCGUCCUUUGCCUCCGUCUUCUGCUCAACGCUUCCUGCGGGAAACUGCGCUACCAACUGUUAUGCUCACUAACCACGAAAAAGAGUUCACAAAUAUAUAUUACAACAGUAUGUUUGAUCUUGGAGAACUAAUUGGUGUGGAUUAUAUUCCGGGUGGUGAUGUAGAGAACCUUACACUUUCAAAACAAGUCCUCCUCUUGACUAACAUAUCUACAGUUUUGGCACAGACACUCUUUGAAUUAGGUACUGGUCAAAAGGGAUCUCAUAUAAAAGCAAACAGUUCUAUAGUUGCUGAAUUAUUGUAUUGUUACAUCCGGAACAGUAGCUGCUCUAUAUUCCACUCAGUCAUAACAAGUGAUUAUGUCAAAAGUUUUGAGAAGUUCCCAGAAAUGAAUUUAUACACUGGUGUCAGGGGCAACACCAGUCCACUUACAUUGAUUACAGAAAAGUUACUUGCCUAUUUCCUAGGAGACAAGCUCAAUGUUACAGACAGGAAAUCAUGUACAAAACAGUCCAAUGGGAUUGUGAAAGCUAAUUGGAUGCAGGGUAGAGAUCGUCAAGGCCUGUGUGUAAUCGCUCCCACGUACCUCACUGAUGCCAUAUCUCCAGCUUUUAUCAUAGAUGAUUACGAUUGGUUGUCCGGUAAAUAUUCUACUUGGACUGAGAGUAUUUGGGACAAUGAUGCAAUGUCUGUACGUGUUUUUCUGGUUCCCAGUAAUAAACUACAGGCAGUAACACUGUUUUUGGGUGUGCUUAUCCUGUGCCUGUCAAUGGUGAUCGUCUAUUUCCUAAACAACCGGGCAGAAGUCAUCUUCCCUACCACAUCAGCUUUCCCUGCUCAUGAUGGCUAAAUAACCUGCAAUUUCCCAAAUAGGCUUGUUCUCUUCUACUCAUAUUUGCAUAGACUCUCAUUUUGUUACUGGGUAUCAUCAUCUUUGUGGUCUCUUUCGUUGUGGUCUAUGUGUUAGUAGAGAAAGCAGAUAUUAUUUUUCAGACUGCUCACAAACACUACUAACUAGCUUGAACCUGAAUCUAAACUAACUUUAUCUAAUUUAACUUUAAAAAAACUAAACUACACUUCUAGUAAGCCAAUAUGGCAAAGCUUAUGUCAAUCUAUUUGUUAGCACAGAAUACUUCUUGCUUUCCUUUCAAUUUUGUUUUGGUAAGGCAAAUGAAGCAAAAGAACAAAGAAGAAAUUUCUCACACGAGGGACCAAAGAACCAUGAACCAGUUUCAACAUCAAGAAUUGAUAAUGAUUUUUUUCUUCUUUCUACUAAACUAUCAUCUUUUCAUUCCCCUCCUCUCUAAAUACACACACAUACACACAUAUAUUUAUAUAUACAUAUGCCCCUCACACAUACACACAUUUAUAUAUACAUACGCACCCCCCACACACACACAUUCACACGCAGACAUUUUGUGUAUAUGUUUCCAAUAACAAAUGUGGAUGUUAUAAUUUCAACUUUUCCAUGUAGGUUGUCUACUUAAUAAUAAGGAGUAUAUAAAAUAUUUGUUCAUAUUUAUGUGCA